CUAAGUGGAAACUAAACCGCAUUUAUAUAUUUGGAUGUUUUAAUCGCCGCCUCAGCGGUUAGCUUCACCAUUGAUUCACGAGGCAGCAUCCGUUAGAAUGGCUAGCUGAGCACAUCAGCGGAUAAGUGGUCCAUCUUCUAAAAUUUGCAUCGAAAUACAUUUAAAAAUGGAGCAUAAUUUUCAGUUUUCCGCUUUUAAGACUUGAUUCGUUGUUUGGGGUCGUGCGUGUAUGGCAUUGGUUUCGUUUUAAGUCUUUAGCUUUAUUUGUACACUUGUGGUGAAAUUAGGACUUGACUGUUUUUGAAUCUUUUUAACCGGUUUACUAAUUUAUAUAUAUCGAUUUCUCUCAAUUAUUAAUAUAUAUAUAUGCAUAUUAUAUUAAUUCAAUUUUUAUUUUUUAUGUUUACACUGCAAGCAUUUUCUAUUUAUUAUAAGAUAAACAACAUAAUCUAAACCACUGACCAGAAAAUUUACUUUUGGAAAUUUGUAGUAAAAAAUAUUAUUGUAUUUUUUAUCGUGGUUUUUCAUUUUUCAUCAUGUUUUAUUUUUUUUUCGGGUUUUCUGCAAGUACUUAAAUAGUUUAUUUUAGGCUGGCUUUAUUUUAUACAAUUGUGAGAUUAAAUGUUAACAUUUCUGCUGUAAAUUAUAUAGAAAAUCAAAUUUUCUCAUACUAUUAUUUUUAUGCACCGUUGCAUUAAAGGUAUUGUAAAUCUCCAUCUGUCCGUCUGGACCUGCUGAAUCCCUCUAUGGGUCACAGGGUUGCUGGAGCCUGUCCCAGCUACUGUUUAUGAAGGCAGGGUACAUAAACCUAAACAGGUCACCAUCCAUGCUGACACUUUAAUGAAAAAAAGAAAGAAUAAUUAUAUCUCAGUGUAUUUCUGUUACUUUAUUAAAGGCUUAAUGGAAAGGAAGAACCUAUCUACUGCAAAUCUACUGAAAAAUCCUCCAAUUGCUAGUGUUAUUUAUUCACUAUUGCAGUACUGUUAUUGUUUUUAGACUGUAUGUUUUUUUAAAACGUGCACUUGAUUUGGGGAUAUUUGCAAGAGGCUUAAAUGGUUUUAAAUGGUCUUUUUGUUUUUUUUAUAUAUUUUGACUUUUUGCUAGAGGUAGAUGUCUAUCGAGAGUGCAACUUUUAAAAUAGCUGUGAUUCAUGGGAAAGAGGUGCUUGAUCUCCUGGUUACCCAACUUAUACAAUGCAAGUCAAAUCUCUGAAAUCUGCAAUCAUUCACUGAUUGAGACGCAAACCAGUAACAUCAAGAAGACCUGAUCCAUAACAGCAGAACUGUGACAAUGGAAACAGCUGUUGAUAUCCCAUCAGGCGAUGAUGACACACAUGACAAAGAUGAAGUGAACGCCAAGGACGGCGCUGAGCCCCCGCAUAAGAAAAACAAGAAGCACAGAAAGCACAAGAGCAAAAAGAAAAAGAGGAGGAGGAAAGGGGAGAAGGAGAGCAGCUCAGAAUCAGGGGCCGAGUCGGACGCAGAACCUCCACCUCCACCAAGACCCGUCAGGACUACUAGAGCCAGUGCCAGAUUGGCAGCAGCUGCAGGAGCUAAAGAACUUGGUGGACAGAAGGAGGAAGGUAAAAAAGAUGCAGAUGGUGUUAACACAGAGGGAGACACAAAGUCUAAAAAACAUAAAAAGCAAGCAGCCAAAAAGAAGAAAAAGAAGAGAAAAAAAGAGGAAAAGCAAGGAAAGAAAUCCCCAUCUCGUUCUCCGUCUGACAGCAGCUCAGCUUCAGGUUCAGAAUCUGACGGGGAGGGCGGUAAAGCGGCCGGGGAUGGUAAACAUUCUCCAGCUGCUGCAACCGACCCUCAAGAAGUGCUGUCUAAAACUGCUUUGAAGGGCAAACAUGAAGAGGAGAAGGCAGCCGACGUUGUCACGCAAAAGCCUGAAUUGCCUGAAGUAAAGAAGGAGGAGAUGACUGAUAUUGAAGUGUAUUCUGUUGGAGCAAAGGAAGGCGACGUCAUCAAAACGGAAAUGGUCGCAAGCUCACCCGCUGAAGGUCACAAUGAGAUAACGCAUACUGAAAUCAUUAAAGCUGAGGUGAGUCUUGGAGAUGGGGUUUUCAGUCACGCCCAGGAGCUACCUGAUAUCAUCCCAAAACAAGAAAGCGCCACUCAGAGAGAAGACCUGACUGUGAAAGCUGAAACCAGUUCAGUUCAAGAAAUAAAGAUGAAAGAGAACGAUUUCUCAAAGUCUCCAUCACCUGUAAAGGGGGUCGAAAUAAAGAAGUCAGAAUCAGGUCCAAGUCGGUCGCCAUCACCGGGUUUAAGAGAAUCUGACGGACAGUCGGCCACUUUGGUAAAGGAACCAUCAGGAACUCGAUCCAGGUCCACAUCAAAAGACAGGCAGUCUUUAAGUCCUCAGAAGAAUCAGCAGCUGUCCCAUUCGAAGUCUCGUUCUCCAUCUCCUACAUCCAAGGGAAAGUCUCCAUCCCCGCCCCUCAAAACUCAGAAGGGAGCCAGCCGUCGAUCCCGAUCUACCUCUCCGACGAAGAAAAAGGUGUCAAAGUCUCCAAGGAAGUCCAGGUCUCCUAAAAGACGCAAGAGCCCCCUGUCGGUUUCACCAAAGCGGCGCAGGAGUUCUUCUCCCAAAAGAAAGGCGUCACGAUCUCCUAAACGUGGAGGGCGCAGGUCUCCCUCUCUGUCUCGCUCUCCUAGAAGACGGCGGAGAUCCGAUUCACGCUCUCGCACAAGGCGCUCCAGGAGCCGCAGUCCCAGACGAAGUGGAGCAGCCGGUAGGCGUUCUCUGUCACGUUCUGUCACCAAACCUCGGCGUUCCCACUCUCGGUCAAGACGGCCCGUCGCCCGCUCCAGAUCCCGAUCAGCCGCAAGGCGAGCUGGAGGACGGCGCUCUAGAAGUCAGUCCUUGUCGAGGCGCAGGAGGUCACCGCCCCCUAGAUCCCGCCGCUCACGGUCGCGCUCAGUCCGCAGGAGUAGGCGGUCUCGGUCACGUUCCAUCGUAAAAUCCAGGCGCAGCCGUCGCUCUAGAUCUCGGAGUGUCCGCAAACGGACCAAAUCCAGAACCCCUCCUUCUCGACGGCGGUCCAAGUCCCGGUCACCGGUCCGAAGGCGUUCCCGAUCCCCAGCGAGAAGAAACCGUGCCUCACCAAGAUCUGCCAAACGUUCAAAGUCCCGAUCUGAUCGGCAGUCCGGCAAAAGAAGGUCCAGAUCUCCUAAAAAGAGCUCAAGGAGAUCAAAGUCUAAAUCUUUGUCAAAAGAAGCAAAAAGAUCUAAAUCCAGGUCCAGAUCGGUAUCAAGUGAUGGAAGGUCUGAGAGCUCGUCCUCGGCCAGGUCCAUAUCCUGUACCCCCGUGGAAAAGAAGAAGUCUCCUCCUCCCACUGAGGAGAAGACGCCUGAAGUUAAAGCGGUUGAAGAAAACGGUGGAGUUUCAGCCACAGAAGGCGAAGUGGCACAGGUUUCCUCAGAAGCUGGCUUGGAACCUCAGGGCGAGAUUUCCUCCGAUAAUUUAGAAGAUCAGGAAAGUCUUUGUAAAACCGUGCCAGUCGCCAGAUCUAGAUCUGCUUCCCGAGACCCAGAACCAGACCCAGAACCAGAUCCAGAACCAGAUCCAGAUCCUGGCCCAGAUGGCCCAGAAGCCUCAGAGGGUUCAGAAAGGUCAAAUGAAGAGGAAGAAUCUCCUGUCAAAACUGCGUCCGGAAGCCAAAGAAGUUCCUCAGGUUCAGUGUCUCCAGAUCGUCAGAAGAAGCAGCUGUCAAAGUCUCCGUCGCCCGCUGACCGCAGGAAGCUUUCUCGGUCACCAUCCAAAACUAGAUCCAGGAAAAAGUCUUCCAGGUCCAAAUCUCUAGUAAAGAAAAGAGAAUCUGUGUCUCCACCACAAAAGAAAAAGCGAAGGUCAAAAUCUCGAAGUCCUGCUCGCAGACGGAGGUCAAAAUCUCGCUCUGCCACACGCCGCAAGCGUUCACGGUCAAAGUCAAGAACAAGAAACCGCCGGUCAAAGUCCCGCUCUCCGGUUCGCAAGAGGAGAUCCCGUUCUCCAAAUGCCAGAGGAAGGAGGAGGUCCAAGUCUACUGACAGAAGUAAACGAUCUCGGAGCCGGUCAGCGGGCCGAAGAAAACGGUCCAGAUCCGGAGACAGGAGCAGGCGGUCCCGGUCUGUAGAUCGCAGACGGCGGUCCAGGUCCAGAGGCCGAGGGAGGCGUCCCGUGUUCCGCAGCCGCUCCUUCGACAGGCGCGACAGAUGGAAGAGGGAGCCGAGCCACUCUCCGGUCCUCAUUCUCCGUAAACAGCGCCGCUCAGGGUCUCGAACGAGACGCAGCACUAGCAAGACUCCUCCUCGCCUCACCGAUCUGGAUAAAGACCAGUUACUGGAGAUAGCCAAGGCUAACGCAGCUGCCAUGUGUGCUAAGGCGGGGGUUCCCAUCCCAGAGAACCUUCGACCAAAAGCCAUCCUUCAGCUCCCCCUGCCCACCCCAUCUCCCACCCCCAUCUCCUUACCCCUACCGUUACCUCUUCCAAUGGGAAUGGGAAUGCCCAGCAUGGGUCCAAUGGGGUUACCGAGCAUUCCAGGGAUGCCUCCCAUGUCAAACAUGACCAUGAGCGCUGCCGUGGCUAGCAUGACCGCGGCCACCAUGACGGCUGCCUUGACUAACAUGGGCGCGCUGGCAGCCAUGCCCCCCCUCGCCCCCCUUCCCUCCAUCACCAACAAGCCUCCCCCUUGCCUCGCCCCCCCGACGGCGUCUUUAAAUAUGGACCACAUUGAAGAAGCAAAGAGGAAGGUCACUCAACAGGCUAACAUACACACCAUCAAAGAGCUCACGGAGAAAUGCAAAAUGAUUUCAAACAGCAAGGAGGAGAUGGCUAUUGCUAAACCCCAUGUCUCAGAUGAUGAAAGCUAAGAAUUUCAGCCCCUUGCCUCAAAGGACCUGAAUGAAGAAGAAAACCGUUGUGCUCCUAAGAGGAGGAGCUGCUUUCCUUUGGUUUUACCCUAUUAGCCUGAUGACUUUCUCGGACUGUAGACUCACCCUAGUUGUUGCAGAUCAUUGUAGGAGCACCUGCAGCAGUCACUGCCCCCCUCUGCUUCCCCAUUUCCUUUGUGUUUUUGUACGUGUGUGUGAGAGACUCGCUGGCUUUCACCUGUGAUACCACUGAGUUUAACUGGACGCACUGAGAUGUGAACAGUACGACUGUACAGUGAGCCUGAAUGCGUGUGUAAAUAGUGAGUUUUACCACCAUCCCCUCAGUGCUGCUCAUCUAAGCAGCUGCAGUUAUAAAGACUGAAUAGGAAACAAACCAAACUAACUAGUUGUUUUGUAUAAGUUCCACGAUUCUCCAAAUUUUUGUUUUACUUUUGUGAUUUCUUACAGGUUGUGUUUUUUGGAAACAGUGUCUUCUGUACUUCCUGUUUUAUGUGUAGUCCCCGCUUUUAUGAAUGAAUAAUGCAAAUCCAGGUGGAGAUCAUUUAGAGGACAUCCUGUAAUUACUCCAAUCGGUGUAAAAGAAAGCGAAUGCAUGACUUUAACGUUUCGAGGGAACUGUACGUGAAGUUUUCGGCAUCAUUAGAUAAGUCUGAAAUUACUGCUGCGGCACCAAGCGGAUCUUUGGUUCUGAUCUAUCAUUUGGGCUUUAAGGGGAUCCAGACUUAAGAUGUAAACAUUUUAGGUUUUACACAAAUAUCAGAACACAUUUAAGUCAUUACAGAUACUAAUAAAUAGAAAGCUUAAGAAUUCAAUUAACAUUUUUUAAAACUAGAAUACAUUUUGAGUAAAUUUAUCAGAAACUAAUUUUUCAGUUCUCCCUGCAAAAAGCCAUCAAAAUGAACUUAAUGAAUUAAGUAUCUGUACUAGUAAUCUCCAAAAGUCUCUGUUUGUGGCAUCACAGAAAAAACUAUUAACAUUUCCACAUGGGGAUGAUUUAUCAAACGGAUGACAGUGUAGCCUCUCAAACACAGAUCUGAGGGUCUUCUCUAAGCUGUCACUGUUAAAUGUUUCACGAUUAGACAAUCAGGUUUUUUUUUUUGGUAUUCGUCCUUUUGAACUAAUGACAUCAGAGACAUGCAGAUCUUAAUCUCGGAGUGAUAAGAGAUGAAAACGCCUGAUGUUUAAAAGGAGAUGCCUAACAAGCUACUUCAUCUAACCUGCAGAUCUAGUCAGUCUCUGCCUUCAUGUGGAGAUCCUUAAAGCCUGGGUUGUUUUAAUCUGAUAAGUGAAGAACAAAGACGAACUUGGUGCUCAUGAGACGGAAGACAUUUCACUCAAAUGUAAUUUUUUUUAAUCUUUCCUUUUGCUCUAUAGGGAAUAUAUUUACAGAUCUAUCCUGCUUUUCUGGGUUUCUUAAACUGUAGAAGAUUCUCUUGAAAUAUUUUGUCAAAAUGUAAUUCUAUUUGCUCCGUUUACCCCUUAUAACUGUUCACUUGAUUUUUUUCUUUUUUUUUUUUUUGAGUUACGCUUCUGCAAUUUUAAUGACAAAAAAACAAAACAAAACAAAUGCGUUUUAGUUUUUUUCAGGGAUGGGGGGGUUGGUCAUUUCAACAUGACGUUGCUUGCUUUGUAUAUAAAUGUGUUGACGAUUAUUAAAAACCUUCGAUCUGUA